CGGUCCUUGGCCGGCGCAGGCUCCGUCAACGCGACCGUUCUAGCGACAGCGACAACAGAGAUGCCCAACCAACAGGGUGAGCUCCGCCUGGGCGUCAUCGGGACGGGCUGCAUCGGGAUGGAGCACAUUCGCAACGCGCUGCUUCUUCCGUCGGUCCGCGUGGUCGCGAUCGCCGACCCUCACGAGCCGUCGCGGCAGACAGCGCUUGCCGAGCUGCAGCACGCCGGCGUGCGUGAGGUGAUCGCGCUGGAGCGCGACGCCGAGAUGCUGCAGCUGAGCGAUGUCGACGCCGUGCUCGUGUGCACGCCCAACGACACGCACCACGCGGUGAUGCGGCAGGUCCUCGCCUCGGGCAAGCACUGCCUCGUUGAGAAGCCGCUCUGCACGCUCAUCUCGCACUGCGCAGAGACGGUGGCGCUGGCGAGGCAGCCCGGCGGCUUCGGCGGCACCGCGCCGCUGCUGUGGUGCGGGAUGGAGUACCGGUACAUCCCGGCGAUCGCGCGGCUGAUCCAAGAGGCGGACCAGGGCCUGAUCGGCGACCUCCGCAUGCUGUCGAUCCGCGAGCACCGCUUCCCCUUCCUAAAGAAGGUUGGCAACUGGAACCGCACCAACGAGCGCACCGGCGGCACUCUCGUCGAGAAGUGCGUCCACUUCUUCGACCUCAUGCGUCGCAUCCUCCGCUCGGAGCCGCGGCGCAUCUUUGCGAGCGGCGGGCAGGAGGUCAACCACAAGAGCGUCGACAGCGACGUGCUCGACUGCGCCUACGUGAUCGUCGACUUCCAGUCGGGCGCGCGCGCGAUGCUCGAGCUGUGCAUGUUCGCCGAGGCGUCAAAGCACCAGGAGGAGGUCUCGCUGGUCGGCACGCGCGGGAAGCUCGAGGCGUUCGCGCCGUCGCACGGCACAAAGCAGGACGACGAGAGCGAGGUCAACUUCCGCCGCUGCCUCCGCUCCGCAAAGUUCAUCGCAGAGUACGAGGAGCGCGCGCGGCCGCCCGCCGACCUCGAGUGCGGCACGAUCGUCGAGGCGCACGAGAAGAUUGACGCGCGGCUGAUGCAGGCUGGAGACCAUGCCGGCUCCACCUACUACGAGCUGCACCGCUUCGUCGCCGCCGCCCUGUCUUCCGGCGCCAAGCCGGACGUGACGCUCGAGGACGGCGCGCUCGCGGUGAUGAUGGGCGUUGGGGCGCACGAGUCGAUGGCGACCGGCUUGCCCGUGCUUUGGUCCGACCUCGUCGAGCGGUACGCGCACAGCGGAGGGGCGGUGGACGAGCCCGCCUGAGGCCGAGGUGACCCGAGGUGACCCGCCCCGGGCCGCGCCGUGUCUGUUUCGGCCGCCGCCUCUGGAGUCGCCCCUCCCCCCUCUGUUCCGUUGUUGGGCCGAGUUCGGGUGCCGAGCGAUUCGGCCGUGCAUGGGUGUGUGCAUGGGCCAGGGAGGCCGAGCAUGACCGGGGGUGUGGGUGGGGUGGGGUGGGGGGGCAGAUGGUUGGGAUGCGUCUCUCACUCACGACUCACCCACACCCGCCGGUGGAACGCCGCCAGUUGUGAUCUGGCAUCACGGUGCGUGUCCGGUCAGCAUGUCUCGGGGUGCGGCUUUGCGGGAGCGGGAGAUGUCAACAGAUGAUCUGUGUCACACACCGCACACAACACUUGGAGUCGUGCGAUCUGCGAUCAGCCGAAACGCGAACAAAAGUUUGAAUUAAA